AAUAUGAUAUUCGUUUUAUCAUAUGUCUUGAUAUCAUAGUGCUUUUUAGCCUCAAACAUCACCUUGGUUUGAAAAAGGAUAAGAGUACACCAAUGUGCAAAGUCUUCCAUCAGCUAAAUUUUCUUUCCUCAAACAAAAAAAAAACCCAGGCUACAAGUUUGUUACGGCAGCCAGACUUCUUGGCAGCCAUAAGUUAUAUUUGUUUAUAUUGCUGUGGCUUGUUGAUUUUUUCCACCAUGUAAUCCAAACUCUGGAGAAGUGCAUCCAGAAGCUCCACGUUUCCACGGCGCAUCUCAUGCUCUAGUGGUUUAUCUAAUUCAAGGGAGCCAUAAUUUUUGACUUCAGAAACCCUGAUUCCCAAAGAGCAAAUGAACCUACAAAAGACUUCUACACAGACUCAGUUCCCUUGGGAAUGCUUCAACCCCUUUGGCUGCAAGCAAUUCAGCAAAACUUCUACAGCACAUGCCCAAGAUCCCAAAUUCACAACCAUUAUCUUUUUUUAGAUCUUGCUAAUCCUGAUUCCUGACGAGUAAGUGAAGCCUCAGAACCGAAACAUCAGACACCAAGCAUUUUCCAACUUUGGUAGGCUAGAAGAUAUGGAGAUUUCAUGCCUACAGUCGGUCUUCUUCUUCCUCAUUCCCCUCUUCAUCUUCAUCUUCUGGUAUCAAAACCCAGCAAAGAAACCAACCCCUGGAGAACUCCAAGCCUACCCACUGCUGGGGAACCUCCCCCAGUUGCUCAAAAACCGUCACAGAUUCCUUGAAUGGACAGCUGAAGCCCUCAUCAAGAACCCGACGCAUACAAUAGUAUUCCAGAGCCUAGGGCAGGUCAGUGGAAUCCAAACUGCAAAUCCCUUGAACAUCGAACACGUGCUCAAAACCAACUUCAAGAACUACCCAAAAGGCGAGAGACACAUCGAAAUGCUGGAGGAUUUCUUUGGCCAUGGGAUCUUCAAUUCCGACGGUGAGCGCUGGAAGUUGCAGCGGAAGGCGGCCAGCUUUGAGUUCAAUACAAGAUCACUUCGUAACUUCGUGGUGGACACAGUCCAGCAUGAGGUAGUCCAGAGACUGCUACCGCUGCUGAAGAAAGCCAGCAAAAAGAACGAGACUCUCGACUUUCAAGAUGUUCUUGAGCGUUUUGCAUUCGAUAACAUCUGCCAGGUGGCCUUCAAUGAAGAUCCGGCCUGCCUUACAGAAGAGGGGUUUGGCAAUACAAUCUCCUCACGCUUCAUGAAAACCUUUGGAGAAGCGCAGAACCUUGUUGUGGAGCGAUUCCUGGAUGCGCUGGAUAUCACCUGGAGGAUCAAAAAGCUGCUAAAUAUCGGCUCGGAGAGACGGUUGAAAGAAUCAAUUUCAAUCAUCAACGACUACACCACAAACAUCAUUCGAUCAAGGAAGGAAAGGCCUUUGGAUCACUUUAGUGAUCUUCUGUCUCGAUUCACUUCAAAUAAAGAUAACACUGAAGAAUAUCUUCGAGAUGUGGUGGUGAGCUUCCUUACAGCUGGGCGUGAGACAACAUCAUCAGCACUGACAUGGUUCUUCUGGCUCCUAUCGGCAAGACCUGAUGUCGAGAAAAAGAUACUAGACGAAGUCAGAUCGAUCCGGGCCCUGAAUCAGAAAGCAAGCGAGACAUUUAGUUUUGAUGAGCUGCGAGAGAUGCAUUACCUUCAUGCUGCAAUUUCAGAGUCGAUGAGGUUGUAUCCCCCUGUGGCCCUUGACACGCUUUCUUGCAAAGAAGAUGACACCAUGCCAGACGGAACAUUGGUGCAUAAAGGAUGGUUUGUGACAUACCAUGCUUAUGCUCUUGGAAGGCUGGAGGACGUCUGGGGGAAGGACUGCAACAACUACAAGCCGGAGAGGUGGUUGGAAAAUGGGAUUUUCCAGCCAGAAAAUCCAUUCAAAUAUCCAGUGUUUCACGCUGGUCCGAGAAUGUGCUUGGGGAAGGAGAUGGCAUACAUACAGAUGAAAUCGAUUGCAGCUUGUGUGCUUGAAAAAUUUGAAUUCAAUGUUGUGGGGAAGGACAAAACUCCAGAAUACAUACUCUCACUGACCCUGAGGAUGAAAGGAGGUUUGCCAAUUCAGGUUAGAGAGAGAAAGAGAGAGAGUUGAUCUGAUCAACUAACAGGGCGAAGUCGCAUGAAAAAAUAAUCAUAUUUGUAUUAUGGAAAAAUCAGCAUGUAGUUUAUAACUUUUUGCUUAUAUUGUCAUAGUUUUGCUAUUGCAGUUCUAUAUUGUCAUAGUUUUACCCCUCUUUCUAUGGUUAUUUGUUGGAGGGCUUGGCCGGACAGGAAGAAUUUUCAAGAAGUCGUUAGGAUGGUUAACUCUUUUAUGUUGAGAAGGGUCUUGUAUGCUAUUCCCUAAGAUGGCCAUCAACUUUUCUUCUUUUAAAUUGUCUUAUGUUUUA